AUGAAGCUCUACGCCAUUGUCCUCGCCCUUGCUGCGCUCGCUGCCGCUGAUGCAGGCUCCACCUUUGAGCCUCGAGCUGGAUGCUCCCAGAAAGGCCAAUACUGCAAUGGUGGCACUUUCUUGUGCUGCCCGGGCCAGGGUAGCUGCUCGGGAAAUGUGUGCAAGUAA